GUCGCUCUGUGCUCUCACUGGCUGCUGAGCCUCUAAUGUGUGAGGAGCCCGUUCACAGGUCGGACUGCCGGGACCGAUCACCGGUCUGUAGGCGGCUGAAGAGCUCAGAGUGCGGACACGCAGCUGCACAGAGCCGGGAGAAGUCAGAGGAGACUGUGCGCUCGGAUCUAAGAGAUGGAAUGCAUUGAAAGGACUCAGACACUCUGAAAGUUUGCAUUUCAGACAUGGAGACACAAACGACAAGACAAUUACUCACAACAAAGUCAGCCCUCAUUCUCGCCUGAGGUUUGAGGUGCAGCAGAGGAUGACACCUGCCUCCCUCCUGGCGAGGACCGACGCGUUGUUCCACACUUCAACAUCUUUGAAAAAGAGUAGCUCAAAGCUUUUGCAAGAGUGACUUUCUGCCUCUAGUUCUGCAGACAGAUCAGUAUCCUGCUCGCUGCCGUAUCUAGUUAUCGGCUGUGGCUGCAGAAACAACGCAUUUGUUUUGCUUUCCUUUAGAUCUUUGCUCCAUCGCGGACUGCGGCAAAAAGAAUCAUCUCGUACCCGGACAUCUCAUACACACAGGUCUCUGCAGCCACAGUCAUUUAAACUAUGUUCAGCUCACAUUGAAAUGUCUGCACUCAUCUCUUCAUGCUGUUUCCUUGUUGAGAGUUCUCAUCUGCUGGAUAAAAAGAAAUAAAAGAGAGCUUUGCUUCAAACACGUCUCCUAUAGGCUACACAAUAGCAGUAAGGCAGUAUAUCUGUAGAGCACUGACUCACCAUGGGCACUGUACUAUCACUGUCACCCGGCUCUCGGAAAUCAGGCUACUAUGACGACCGACCUGGCUCGCUCAGCCACUACCCGAGCAUCAGCAGCCGCUCUCUCAACAGCCAGAAAGACCGCGGGCUGAAGAGGGGACAGUCUAUCUUCCUCCCGGCGCUCACCUGGAAGCGACUGGUGGCUUCAACAAAGAAGAAGGGCAACUCCAAGAAAGGCUCCGGCGGUCAAGUGGCUCUCGGAGACCCUCUCAACAACAACAACAACAUCAACAUCUACCAAAAGGACCCCCUGUUGCACCUCAACCGCGAGAAUGUGAAGAAGUCACUGUCAUGUGCCAACCUGUCCAGCUACGAGGGCCCAGCAGGAUUGGGUCUGGGGCUCGGCUACGGCCUGGGGAUGGGCCAAGGGCACGGAUUUGGCUACAGCAAGUCCCAACAGCUCUCCUCUGUGAAAAAAGUUCCCCAAGGGACGGUGACUUCGUCCCCGAAGCGCGUCAUCGUCCAGGCGUCCACCAGCGAGCUCCUGCGCUGCCUGGGGGAGUUCUUGUGCUGUCGCUGCUACCGCCUGAAGCAUCUGUCUCCGGCCGACCCGGUGCUGUGGCUGCGGGCUGUGGAUCGCUCACUGCUGCUGCAGGGCUGGCAGGACCAGGCCUUCGUCACGCCGGCAAAUGUGGUCUUCGUCUACAUGCUGUGCCGUGACGUUGUGGAUGGCGACCUUGUGGCGUCAGAGCACGAGCUGCAAGCCAUCCUGCUCACCUGCCUCUACCUGUCCUACUCCUACAUGGGCAACGAGAUCUCGUACCCGCUCAAGCCCUUCCUGGUUGAGGUGGGUAAGGAGGCCUUCUGGGACCGUUGCCUCGCCAUCAUCGAUGCCACCAGCUCCAAGAUGCUGCGCAUCAAUGCAGACCCACACUUUUUCACACAAGUAUUUGCUGAACUUAAGAGUGAAGGCGGCUGCAGCCCGCAGGACUAUAGUCGGGUGCUGGAUCGAUGAGAGGAAGUUUGCUGACCGCAUGCCUUUUCGUACACUCAUGCACACAGACACACACAUUUGUCUCGUACAGAUUCCUCUCCCCUUUCCUUCCUCUGCUGCCUUGCAGGAGCAAUGAAGGACUAUCUUCACAGAGUUAUGUCGACAUAUUUAAUGAUUCCAUCGGUGUUUGUUGCCAUUGUCCCAUCCAUCCACAGAUAUAAAUAUGGAAUUAAACCCCCCCCCCCCCCCUCAAGAUAAUUGGCUAACAAAGGCUCACAGUUGUGUUUUUGUCCUGGAAUAUCCACUUUUUUACUUGAAUUGAGGAACCAUUUGGUCCUCCUGUCCUAUCUGACUCCAUGUGUCUGGUCCCAGUCGUCCCAGCUGCCACUCUGGAUCCGCACAGCCAGGCCUCCCAGCAUCCUCACCCACCUCUCUGAAUGUGAUCAGUCAGUGUGUACAGGACAAGAAGAUGCCAUCAUCACUCUACAAAAUACCACCAAGGAUUUUCACUGGUUAUAUUCUAAACGUAGAGUGGCUUCACAGAAGAAUUAAACAGACAGUAUAAUCCACCGAGGCCAAGUUAUAUUUUCCAUGACAACACAAGGAGACAUGUUGACAUCCGCUGCUGGCUAAGCACCAUGUGCCAGCAGUGCAAACUGACUCAGACUGAUGGGAACAGCUGAGAGGUCCAUGUUAGGUCCUGCUGUGCGCUGUGAAAUCAGUAAAGCAAAACGACCAGGCAGUGUUUUGUGGAGCCUUUUGAGGGUCUUCGGGCCUGAGGGGACAGUUGCUGUUUUUUUGUUUUUUUUUUACUCACUCGAACCUGCCUCUGUGUUUCUAUUUUAUCUCAUCUCAGGAGAGUGUACUGGUGGAAGCAGAAUUUAAGAUUGACGUGUGAGUGAAUGCAUGGCCAUGUGUGUAUAUGUAGGCAUUGUGCAGUGCACAGCAGCCAGGGUUAUCAGCUGUUUACUCCAUCCUUUUGUUCCCUGCAUCUUGUUGACAGGGCACCCACAGGCCGUGGUAUUAAUGAGAUUAGCAGAUUACUGCAGCCCCUCCCCUCUCUCAACCUCUGCCCCCAUUGUCCACUCGGCAGCCCUGCAACGCUUCAGUGGCUAAUCCAGGCCAAACUGGACCAUGCUGGACUGUAAACACACACGCAAAUGUACACACAUUUAAAUACCCUGUUGCAUGCACUUUAUUCCCCUCGGUGCAUGAAAGAAACGCUGUGUGACACACAUGUGCAGCUCAGAGUCCAAGGCCAAGGCAGUGAAGCUCUCUGCUGUUGUGGUUGAAGGGUUUUGUUGUUGUUGCUUCUGAAUUUGUCCCACUUUCUCAUCACUCACCUGCGCAUCCUCAUCUGCCAUCAAGAUGCUUGUUUUCCCUCUACUCUCGUCUCUUGCUAGAUUAUUCCCUUGAAUGAACCAUUGGCAUUUGUGCUUCAAUGCCUUCAAUCUCUAUUUCCCAUGCAUUUUAAUGUGUGUUGCAAGAGACGGUCACAGAUGAGCCCAAGGUUCAUCGUUACUAUUACGCUGGGAUUUUAUUUCCCUGGACGUCCAAAAGUAGUUUAGAUUCCUGCUGCAAGAGGUCACCAAAGUUUACAGUUCAUGUUUCGAGGCUGAUAGCU